AUGUCUAAUCAGAUGGUUAGCUAAUCUGUUCAAGCCAUUUAGCAUUGGCAUUGAAGUUGCCACUUUCCCCAACGGAAACAGCUGUCAGUGAGCGGAAUUUUUAAAGACAAAUAUUGGUCAAGUAUAAAUAGAAUCUACGCACUUUCGCCUCCAGCCAAGUCGAGCGAACAUGCCUCAGCCCAAAGUCAAACUGGUGGUGACUGGGGACGAUUUUGGGUAUUGUCCGAAAAGGAAUCGUGGAAUAGUGGAAUGCUUCCAGUCCGGUGGUGUGUCAAAUGUGUCGCUGUUGGUUAAUGCCACAUCGGCAGUGGAUGCCGCAGAUCUUGCGAAAAGACAUCUCAUACCCAUUGGACUACACGCGAAUCUUUCUGAAGGUGCCCCAGUGUCUCAUAAUCUGAAAGGGUCCACGCUCCUGAAUGAGGAUGGAUUCUUCCAUGGAAAGACAGAAUUCCGAAAAGUUUUACAAAGCGGACAACUGAACAUGUAUGAGGUUGAGGAGGAACUGAGAGCUCAGGUGAAGCGCUUCUGUGAACUCGUCGGGCACUUGCCCUAUCACAUGGACGGCCAUCAACACGUGCACGUGCUGCCAGAGGUGCGAGAAGUGUUUGCGCAGGUUCUUGCAGACUUUGGUAUAUGCUACACGCGGAUCCCUGUAGAGCCUGGCCUUCACACAUGUCCUCACAUUUCACCCCAACUGCAUGAGUUCUACGCCCAGGUCCAGAAAGAUGCUUUGCUGUCCGUGGAGGUUUUCCGUCGCCACGGGAUCAGGUGGCCAGAUGUUUACCUGGGCUUGACAACUAUGGGAGAGAAUAUGUCGGUAGUCAACAUUAAACAGGCUUUAGGUUAUGCUCUCGGAGCCAGAUGCCUUGCCAACAGUUUGACUGUACCUUCGACGGGUACACAGGCUGAUGAAAUCGCUGCACCAAACACUGUCCGUCCCAUUACUGCAGAGCUAAUGGUCCAUCCUGGAUACCCCAGCGAUCCUCUGGAGGGAGGGUGUGGUCAAGGUCCAGAUGACUUCUCCCAGUCAGAGGAUCGCCAACAUGAACUGGAAACUCUAACUGACCCUUCUCUGUUGGCAUAUUACAAGCAAGAGCGCAUACAGCUUUGUGCCUUCAGGGAUCUUUAAACCUGCUGCUCACUGGAAGACACCAAAAAAAAAAAGAAGAAGAAAUCACCUCAGUUUUCAAAAGCAAAAUCUUGAUUGAUUAUAACGUUUAAAUGAGAAGUUACGAGGUGUCAAGCACCUGACACUACUGUUUUAUAUUGUUAUAUAACCUCAUGCUGGAAACAGAUAUUUGAGCCAUGAACAGGGACAUGUGUCCCUCACAGUAGCUGGAUGUUUCACAUGUAGCCAUUUAGUUUUUAGUGAGACUGUAAGACUAAUAUGUCCAAAUCAAAUGAGGAUUAUGGCCAUGAGAUGUUUUUAUCUGGUGAUUUUAUAUGUUUUAUAGGGACCCAAAAAAGUAUUUAUGCUAUUUUAGACAUUUAAAAUUGUUAUUGUUGGUAACUGAGUGAAGUCUGAUUGAUUUAAUGAAGAAUAAAGAAUGAAGUUCAAUGUCUUUGAA